UUGGUGUAUCAAUAGUACAACCAAAAAGAUAACAAUUUAUAAAAAGACAAAGAAAAGAGCAACCGAUUUUAACAAAACAAUAAGAAAUCAAUUUGGUUGCUUUUGUAGAUCGAAAAGCUUCUUUGUUUUUUAACCUCUUAAUCAACACCUUUUAGUCAUCUUGUUUGCUGUUGACAACAAAAGGCAAUUUUGAAGAAACAAAGAAAAUGCUUUUAUUAUCUAAUAUGAUUGCAUUAGUUUCUUGCUUAUUAUUAAGCAUUUUUAAUAAUUUCUCCGUAGGAGCACCAAUCAAUCAAGGAGAAUCAACAGCUAGAGUUGACAGUACAAUUGGUUUCUAUGAUCCUAAAGCUUUCUACAGUUAUGAUAAAUUUGAAGGAGACAUCUUGGGAUCCUAUCCAACGACAAACAACUCAGAAGCUUCACCCUAUCAUGCCAUUGUCGAUACUGGUUAUCUGUGGCCUAAUGGAGAAGUGGUCUACACAAUUGACUCCAGCCUUCAGAAUCAACGGUCACUUAUUAAACAAUCAAUGGACCAUAUCACGCAAAUGACUGGAGGAUGCAUCAAAUUUAAGGAAAGAACCUAUGAAUCUGAUUAUGUUUACAUGUAUCAAGCUCAGGGAUGUUACUCUCAAGUUGGACGUCAAGGAGGCUCCCAAGAAUUAUCAUUAGGAAGAGGUUGCCAUGUUGCUGGUGUUGUUAUUCACGAAUUGCUUCAUGCUCUAGGUUUCUUCCAUCAUCACAGCAGAUCAGACCGUGAUCGUUACUUACGAAUUAAUUACCAAAACAUUGAUCCACAAGCUUAUCCACAAUUUCAAAAGUUAAAUGAUUGGGAAAAUCAAUUGUUUACUGAUUUCGAUUAUAAUUCAAUAAUGAUUUAUGGAUCAACAGCAUUUUCACGUGAUGGUUACUCACAGACAAUGACUACGAUAAAUCCAUCAGGAGCAACUAUUCAAGAUCCCGGUUAUAAGCAUGCAAUGACUCCAAGUGACGUUUCAUCCCUUAAAAAGCUCUACAAGUGUGACGCAAAUACAAUCGACACAGGCAAGGAUAAGAAGGAGAAAAAGAUCGGUAUUGGAGGUAUUUGGCCUUUUGACCAAACAACAACAACAGUUCCAGAUGCUGACGAUGAAGAUGAAGGAACUACAAUGAAACCAGUAACCGGGCAACCAAGCACUCAACAACCAAUUAUUCAAUGGACAACUCAACCAGUUGACCCAAGUGGUACCUCAGAUUACUCAACUCGUCAACCAAUUGUACCAACAAUUUUUCCAAAUGUUGUUCCCUCUAUUCCUAGUAUUGUUGAUUUUUCCACUUCACAACCAAAUGAAUUUUCCACCCAGUUUCCUUUCACUAUAGUGACAAUUCCUGGCUUGGGUAAAAUAGUGACCCCACCACCACCGGGAGCUGAGUUACCUGAACCAGAGAUACCUCAUCCAGUUCCACCUUUUCAACCUGUCGAUAAACACGUUUGGGCAAACGAAGUGCCUCAAGAUGAAAUAAUGAGCGACAAAGCAUAAAAAUUACUCCUGAAAAUUGUGUAAAUAAAUUAAAAUGAUCAGGAAUAAUGAUGCAUCAUUAUCUCACAGUGUUGGGUGAUUAUACCUUUUACUCUAUUUUUGACACAAAUUCUUCUGGACCAUUGAAUGGACAAAAUAUCUGUCUAUCUUGUGCCGUUUCUACUUGGGAUCUUUUCGUACCAAAACAUUAUCAUUAAUUUAUUUUGAACAUUUAUAAUUGGAUUAAACGAUUGAAAUUACUCUGCAAA